GCGCUCUACCGACACUCCGGUAAUCCGCUGGAGGAGAUUGCAUCCUCGUCCACUGCGCUCAGGCUAUCAGUGAGGGAGACUUAAAAGAUGGAAAAAUACAUAACGGGAGCAUGGGAGGCUGGGAACGCGUAGCGGGACUCAGAUGUAGAGGCAUUAUGGGGAGGAGCGGCUUUUACACUGCGAACAAUCUCACAUCCAAGGCGAUAACGGGACCGGGGCGAGGAUGUCUCCUGAUGUAAGGCAGCGAGGCUCAGCGACUAACAUCCCAAACGCUGGAAAUAUGAGAUGAGCGCACGCAGGAGUGGAGCCGGCGGAAGAUGGUGAAAUUUGCGACCGAGUGCUCCUUCUUUUUCUUUCUCCUGCCUGGACGAACGAAACCUCCUCGGGUAUUCACGCUUCUCCCAAAGCCUGCAGAUCGCUUCCUGCUUCAUGCACAUUACUCUUCAUGGCCCUGUGUACCGCUGUGGAAACUGAUCACCUUUUUUUUUCUUUUCCAAACGAGUAACGCUUUGCAGUUAUGCUAACAGGACUUAAUUGAAAGCUCACAUACGCGUGCGUUUUCAGUGUGACGUUCACCGAACCCGUAAAGCGAAACUACGGAUCCGAUCCCAUGCGAGCGACCCGUGGGCACAACGAUCAGCUAAUACUUGAUGCAUAUCAAAGCUCAAGCAGACCAGGGAGCACCGGGGUGUUUACAAACUGUCGAUACUCCUAAAAUCAACCAAUCUGUCCCUGACGCCGUGGCUGUGGGGAUACUUGUUUCCCUGUGUCGCUUCGCAUGUAUAGACCUGCUAUGACAAACUGGCAACCCCACAUAAAUCCGAGGGCAAGAUGAUGAACUGGAGUGGCCUGCCUAGGCUGUGGGAUCAGAUAGAAAUCAAACUGUGUCUCUCAGACAGAAGAAUCUAGGAUCAUCUCCAGUCCUUGUGCUGGCACAGCACCGCAGCAUGACACGGAGCAUUCCUCUCCGGUGUUUACUUGGAUAUUGCUCAAAAGUUGAAACUGAGUUGUUAACAUGUUCGUGCUGUGACAGCUGUUGAGGUAAACACGCCCGCGGCCGGUGUUGCCUUGAGAUUUAAUUUGCGUGAAGUGCGGGGAUUCUGCACAUUUCGGAAUUGAUCUGUGUGAAAUGGCCCUUCCUCACGCUUUCAAACAUUAUGUUUUCUCCUGUGAGAGAAAUGCAGCUGGGCUGUUUUACUGGUAAACCUCCACAGCAGCUGUUAGUCAGACUGAAUGUCUGAAAGGGGACACUUGGCUAUUUGCAUACUUGUAGUGUUGCCAACACUGCUCCCACGAAAUGCGAUGCAUUGAUUUCUUUCUUGCAAAUAACUUUUGUGUGACUCUUUUUUUUUUUUCCCCCUGCCUCUUCUACAACAUCAUCUGUUCCACUACUAAUCAGCUUUAAACAAUCUGCAACAUGUUCAGCUAACUUCAUGGACAGUGGUGUCAUUUUGGUGUCCUGUGCGAGUUUAUCUUAAACUUAACACUUUCUGGAGGCGUCUGGUUUUGUUACUGCAAAGUUUUAAGACGGUGAACACUUUUACGUGCACGCGUUUUCCUUUUCCCUUUUUUUGAGCCAUUUUUCCGAGCAUGUGCGAAAGGAAGAGGAAGCAGCACAAGACUGUUGCUGCACAGGCUGGGGAGAUGUGUGAGAAUGAACACGCAAGGAAUUAUGAGUGGCACUAUGGAAGACUUGGUGCAGAGUGUUACAAGCUUAAAGUCUACAAAAGGGAGAAUUACAAGGCUUUGCUGUGAGAAAAUUGUAUUUUCUCCUCUGUGACGCCAGCUGCUCCAUUGGAAUUGCCGUUUCUUGCCUCAAUUUACUGUUUGAAUUGAGAACUUCCACCCUGUUGUGGAUACUUGGCCACCUGCAAGUUAAACUCAUUUGAGUGCCCUUCUUCUUCUUUUUUCUAUUUGCCAUCCUGUUGCUGUCUUUUUUUUUUCGUUUUUGUUAUAAAUACUUUCUUUUCCAGAGGGAUCCUUGGUGUUAUUUGAAGGAGGAAAUUCUUCAUAUUCGAAGCUCAAAAUUGCCAACGGGAAGCAAAGAACGCAUGAUAAGGGUUGUUUGUGUUCUUCAGACAAACCCAUUUCUCUUCUGAAGGCUUUCUGUGUGCCCAACUGGGUGCAACAGUGGAUCCCUUGUCAUAUUUGGUGCUUUAGGGAAAUACAAAGCAAAAAAACCGCAAAACAAAAAAAAACAACAUUUAGAAACUAACUUCUUAUCUCCGUGGUGAUGGGGAGUUCAGCCUCGUCUCUCACUGCAGAGACCGAGUCGGACCAUGGCUUUCGAAGUACCCCCUACCCUUCGUCACCCCCUGUGGGCUGGCUCAGGAACAGCCACAGCAGCCCCGUGUGGGGUACCACCUUCGUCACACGGCAGCAGCAGCAGCCGCUGCCUCAUCGAGAGCGCAGCCACUCUCACUCUCCAGGCUCCAUGGCAGCAGCGGUGCAAGGCAGUGAGUGGUCAUGUGGGCGCUGUACUUUCUUAAAUGCCGGUGCAGCACCUCGCUGUUCUAUCUGUGAGGCGCCACGCCAGAAACCCGACCUCAACCAGAUCCUGCGCCUCAGCAGCACUGAGGAACACCGCUGGACCUGUCCCCGCUGUACCCUCAAUAACCCGCAGGGAUCUGGAGCCUGCUCGGUCUGUGGCUUUGGUCCAUCGCCCGCCACUCACACACCUCCUACGACCACCAUAGCUGCCACUGCCAAUGGUCUCCCUUCUGCGCCCACUGAGCCCCCAACACCCACGAUCACUCCCACAGUGCUACUUGAGCCCCAUGGACAGCAUCCAGCUAAGGAGGAAGUGUUUCGACGGUCUGAGAGCAAUGGUGAGGUGGGUGGGCAGGAGGGUCAGCAGGCGGGCUGGGCUUGUCCUCGGUGCACACUUCACAACACCCCUGUGGCGCUUUCAUGCUCAGCCUGUGGUGGGCCUAGAAAACUGUCUCUGCCUAAAAUCCCCCCAGAAGCACUGGUAGUGCCUGAGGUGCGCACACCAGUAGUGGGCUUUCCUGUUCACACAGCCGCUUCGGCCCCGCUACUGAUUGACCUAACAGAUGACUCCCCCCCAGCCCCGCCCUGUGAUCCUCAAGAAGCUCCCCAUGCAUCUUCACAGGCCCUUGCCUCCACCUUUACUUCAUUCUCCUCCCUCCAGAACAAUCCUGUGCCUCGCAGUAGGCGAGAGGUACCGCCUCCGGGACGCCCACCGAACCCAGGAACCAACACUCCCAGCCCCACUUCCCCUUCAGCUGCCAGUGUGCCACCCCAACCUGGCCCACAGAGGCCAGCUAAGCCCAAGCACGCCCAGCCCCAGGAACCUUCUUACCCCAGCAAGCGCCUCAGUAUCUUGGAGGAAGAAGAGUCUCAGCACCACCCACUGACACCCCACCUCCCUGUUGCUUCCACAUCAGCCUCUACCUGGAAGUGCCCUAGCUGCUCCGUGGCCAACCAAGGCAGCUCAGCGAAGUGCGAGACCUGCAGAUCGUCAAGGGGUGGUGCUGACCUCAUCGACCUGGUAGGCUGUGAAACGGUACGAUUUACCCCAGCAAGCCCCUCGAGCCCAGACUUUAGCACAUGGGCCUGCUCUAAGUGCACCCUGCGCAACCCUACAGGUGCUCCCAAGUGCUCAGCUUGUGGUUCUUCAAAGCUGCAUGGCUUCCAGGAGCAGCAGGUGCCUCUACCCCGCUGCUGUACACAUUGUGGCCUCCCAGUGGGGCCUGGUACUGCAUCUUGCUCCUGCACACCUUCCUCUUCUUCAUCAUCCUCAGGUCAUAAAAUACGCAAACAGGCCCGGGGCUUUCCUUCAUCCUCUUCUGCUGUUGCCUCCUCUGGUUCCUCUUCGUCCUCCACCUCAUCUAGCCUUCAGGAGAAGGUAGGACAGUGGAGCUGCCCAGCAUGCACGCUGCUCAAUGAUAUAAAAGCCAAGAACUGUGCAGCAUGCCACACACCCCAGCAGUACCUCACCCUGCGCAAGGUGGUUAAACCUCUGAAGAGAAGGGAGAGCAUGCAUGUAGAGGCACGACGACGGAAUGAUGAGGGCGAGGCAAAGGAGCUUUGGGAGAACAUAGUCAGCUUCUGCAGGGAGAAUUCAGUGAACUUUGUGGAUGACAGUUUUCCCCCUGGACCUCGAUCUGUCGGCUUCCCAGAGGGCGACAGCGUCCAGCAGCGAAUCAAAAAGUGGCUGCGUCCCCACGAGAUCAACUGCAGCAAUUUCAAAGACCGAGGAGUCAAGUGGUCCGUGUUCCGCACGCCAAGGCCCUCGGACAUCCUGCAAGGACUUCUUGGAAACUGCUGGUUCCUGAGUGCACUCGCUGUGCUGGCAGAGCGUCCAGAGCUCGUGGAGAGGGUGAUGAUCACCAGGACCAUUUGUCCAGAGGGGGCGUACCAGGUUCGGCUAUGUAAAGACGGGACCUGGACGACGGUGCUGGUGGACGACAUGUUGCCCUGCGACGACUUCGGCUACCUUCUGUUUUCCCAGGCUCAGAGGAAGCAGUUAUGGGUGGCGCUGAUUGAGAAGGCCCUGGCCAAACUCCAUGGUUCCUACUUUGCCCUGCAGGCAGGGCGUGCUAUUGAGGGUCUGGCCACGCUGACUGGGGCUCCGUGUGACUCCCUCAUGCUCCAGGUCAGCUCCACGAACCCGCGAGAGGAACCCAUCGAUACAGACCUCAUCUGGGCCAAGAUGCUUAGCUCCAAAGAGGCUGGGUUUCUUAUGGGAGCGUCUUGCGGAGGAGGCAACAUGAAGGUGGACGAUGCUGUUUACGAGUCGUUGGGUCUGAGGCCUCGACAUGCGUAUUCCAUCUUGGACGUACGAGAUGUCCAGGGUUACAGGUUGCUGCGGCUGCGUAACCCUUGGGGUCGCUUCUCGUGGAACGGCAGCUGGUCGGACGAGUGGGCAGACUGGCCACAGCAUCUCCGCCAUGAGCUGAUGGCGCAUGGCAGUAGUGAGGGGGUCUUCUGGAUGGAGUACACUGACUUUAUAAAGUACUUUGACUCAGUGGACAUUUGUAAGAUCCACUCUGACUGGCAGGAGGUGAGACUACAAGGCUGCUUCCCCAGCAAAGCCAAUGGGCCGGUCACGGUCACAGCUCUCACUGUGCUGGAGAGGACAGCACUGGAGUUUGCUCUUUUCCAGGAGGGAAGCAGGCGCUCCGACACAGCCGACAGCCACCUGCUGGACCUGUGCAUCAUGGUCUUCCGCGCCUCCUUUGGUAGCGGCAACAAGCUGACUCUGGGCCGCCUAAUGGCCCAUAGCAAGCGAGCGGUGAAGAAAUUUGUUGGCUGUGAUGUUAUGCUGGAGCCAGGGGAGUAUGCUGUUGUCUGCUGCGCCUUCAAUCACUGGCAGAUGAAUGUCAGCAGCACAGGGGGUCCACCCACACCCAUCUCUAGCCCCACCAGUGGAGCAGUACGGCGGCCCAGCCAGGACUUCCCCGGCUACAUCCUGGCCAUUUACAGCUCUCGUCAGGUGAUGGUGGAGCAGGUGGAAGCGACCGCGACCACAUUGGCCGACGCGAUUAUUCUACUCACAGAAAACAAAGGCGAAAGACACGAGGGCCGUGAGGGCAUGACAUGCUACUACCUGACCCACGGCUGGGCAGGUCUCAUCGUGGUGGUGGAAAACCGCCACCCCAAGUACUACCUCCACGUCUCCUGUGACUGCACUGACAGCUUCAAUGUGGUGUCCACACGCGGCAGCCUCAAGACCAUCGACAGCGUCCCGCCUUUACACAGGCAGGUGCUGGUGGUGCUUUCUCAGCUGGAGGGAAAUGCCGGCUUCUCCAUCACCCACCGCCUGGCUCACCGCAAGGCAGCCCAGGCCUCCCUGGGAGACUGGACCCCCACCAAGGCCACACACAGCCCCCAGCUCACCCCGGACAUUGACGGCCUGCACCGGCCCCGGCCUCUAUGACCACCGCCCACUUUAUCCAAGACUCACUUGCUCUAGUCCAAUAAAACUGUCAGACCACUGGAAAAAUCAGACAAGGUUAGGCACAGUGUGCGGAGCCCUAAAAUGCAGAGAAAGAUGCGUUUUUUUGCGUCUCUUUGGUCGUACAUCUGAAUGUGAAGCACGACGGGAGAGGGAAACGUUUAGUUGCUCUCUUCCUAACGCUCCAUGGAUGCUCGAGAUUUUGUCCGGACCGCACAUGCUCUGUCUGUCCCUUGCCAACUGGAUGUGCCAUUUGAGGAUAAAAUGAGCGACCGGGGAGUACUAAAAAAAACAAACAAACAAACAAAAAAACCCCACAAUACUUCACCCCGGCACCUGACACUUAACAUUCUGGACAUUUUGUAUAGCUGGCAGCACCUGCUGUAUGUGAAACGGAUGUCAGCCCUCAGUUUGGUAUGCUUGGAGAUGACCCUGCUUUCAAUGAGCUUCAAAAAAAAAAAAAAAAAAAGCCGGGGUGAGGUGCUGAAACUACUGAGCCAUUGACCGGCCCAUGGACCAUGAGCCAACCACCAGAUCAGACACUUCCCCCUCCCUCCAUGUCGUCCACCAAGACUGCUAACAAAGUGGGCAGACUUCUGGGGGGGUUAUCGCCCCCAUCCUCAGUGCGGUACUUUAUGAGCCAAACCCCAGUGAUUUUACCCACAAAACAUACAUGUCCUGUAUUUUUACAUUUUUGGGAAACAUCUCAGUGUGAGUUUAACUUGUUUAUACACAACCCUCAUUGCCUCUUGUUCAUAUUUGUGUUUUUGUUUUGGGGUUUUUUGAGGUUGUAGACAAAGCCAUCAUUCAUACAGUACUGUUCCCUCUCCGUGGCACAAUCUCUAGCUCAGGACCAAACCUGUGAUUUGUACAGUAAGCUGGAUUGGCAGGUGGGUGGUGCCCAAGAAGCUGCAAUAGCAUCUUUUCACUGUUGUCUCCGCUGUUUGUGAUGUUAGUGGGGUCGUGUUUGUAGAGACUGGAAGGUUUUUAUCUUGUGAAAUACGGAGCAGUAAUGGAAUCACCCGGCCUCAGUUUAGGGUCUCAUCGCUGGAGGGCUUCUCGUCCACUUCACAAGGCAGUUUAUAUCUUUCUGUGCAAAUUAAAAUUUAUGUGUACGGCACCUCCCCCCAGUCGUCCCCCUCCUGCAUAUUACAUGAGUCUUACACUCGAGGUUUGUAACACCCAGCAAAUUGCAUCUGAUCUUGUUUGGUACAGAAGGUGAGUUUAGUGUCUGUUUCCCACACUUGCACAGUUUGCCAGCAUGUCAGUUUAUACUAUAACGUGCUUAGGGAGUACUACAGUCGCUAUUGGCUGUUUGAACAGCCAGUUUGCCAUGGGGGAGCUCUUAAGAGGAGCUGCCGAGUUUACUUUGGGAGGGCAGGGACCACUUUUGUUUGCUUGGGUGCAGCGCGAGCGUCUGGGCAAUCCUCCCACAAGAAUACACUGACAGCUUGUUAGCAACAACACAGAGUCCUCGUGAAAUAACAAAUUAUCAUUUUGUCAGACUCGGUGCACACACAGCGAGACAGGAAAGAGACCCCCGAGAUGGGCUGUGACACAGAAAAUAGUUCUCUCUGAGUGUGCUCGUUCAAGGGAUAGCUGUUUUACGUAGGUCCUUAUAUAUAAGGUCACGUUUUUUUUGUUUUUUUUCCCCAGUGUCAAAGCCAUUACUCCUCAUUCAUCAUGCCCUCACCAUGGCAACAUAGAUGUCUCAUCAGACAGAGGGGAACAAUUAACAUGGUACUAUAGAGACAGGAUUGAGUGGGAGACUUUUUAUUUUAAAAACGAUGUCUUACUGUUAAUUUUGUGGUGAAAUGGAGAAAAACUUGAAACCUAAUAAGCAAAAAUCCAGCAGCAUUCAUACAAUUAAUGAUUAAGUGGGGAAAAACUGAUUUUAUUGUUUUUUUGGUUGUUGUUUUUUGUAUCUAAAUCAUUUUAAAUGUAAAAAACAUUACAAGUUUAUCAUGGGUCAUUUUCACUUCAUAUCAUCUCAUUUUUCUCCUUUUAGUUUUAAAAUCAUUGAUGCUAAACGGCUGCACUGUGUCCCGAUGCUUGCAGUGCAACGUUUGUUUUUAACGAAACCCAGAGCUCAAGUAACUGUAAAUAUGCUUUCCAAAGAAACAUCAAUGUGUAAUGACCACUUUCAGAUGUGCGUCCCCGUCUGGCCCUGUGUGCAUGUGUGAGUAUGUGCGGUCGCAGCCACGUAGCUGCGUCAGUCCCUGUGUCUUAAUUUAUUCAUACAAGUGAUUUGCAGCCCUGUUUUUCUGAAGCUGAUGAAUGACAGAUAAAGGAAUGUAAUGAGGCUUUUACAGCUUCACUCUGAGCCCAGAUGGAUUGACGUGAACCUGCACUGAAACGACUGCGAAGGCACCUCAAAAUCAAGCGUCACUGCUGGAUCACUUUUACGUUUUACAUGAGUUUUAAGUUUAGUUUGCUGGUCUUCUGUUAGGUCGUGUCCGUAGCUCUUCUGUGCUUUAGGAGCGCCCCCUGCUGCUGAAUAGAAAACAACCAGAGAA